AUGGAAGAUUCUCAGAGUGAGCAACAGCGGAUAAUACGACGCCACAACCGCGAGAAGAAAGAGCUGCAGGCCCGCAUCCAGAUCAUGAAGAAUUCGGUCCCCAGGAGCGACAAGACGAGAAGAAAGCAGUUGCUCCUGGACGUGGCCCGCCUCGAGGCUGAGAUGGAGCAGAAGCACCAGCAGGAGCUGGAGAAGUUCGAAGAGAAUUUCCCCGAUUACGUCAACCUCGACUCCGUCACAGAAGAUCUUGCCAAGAUGGAUCUUGAGAAUCAGCCUCCCCGCCAGUCGAGGGCUCAGAGAAGGCGCGAAAGAAGGGCAGCCCUCGAGAGAGCGCACAGGGAGAGGAUCGCCGAGGCCGAGAUGGAGCACCUGGCCAGCUUCCGCCGUGAAGAGGAGGAGAAGAUCGCUGCAAUCCUAGGGCCCAAGAAUCUGGAGCUGAAGGAUAUCCCAGCUGACGGCCACUGCAUGUAUCGCGCCAUCCAAGACCAGCUGGUGUUCUCCGUGACCGUGGAGAGCCUGCGGAGCCGCACCGCUGACUACAUGCGGAAGCACGUGGACGACUUCCUGCCCUUUUUCAGCGACGCAGACACCGGCAACGCCUACAGCCGCGAAGAUUUCCUGAGCUACUGCGACGACAUCGUGCGCAGCCCGUCGUGGGGAGGCCUGGUCGAGCUGCGGGCCCUGUCGCACGUCCUGCAGACCCCCAUCGAGGUGAUCCAGGCCGAUUCGCCUGCCAUGGUCAUCGGGGGUGAAUACCCCAGGAAGCCGCUCACCCUCGUCUACCUGCGCUACGCCUGCAACCUCGGAGAGCACUACAACUCGGUGAAGCAGCUCGAUGCCGGCGCCGUCGGGGGCGCAGCCCCGCGCCUCUUCUAG